AUGAGCAACGAUACCCAAGAAAUCGUCAAACAGAAAGACGGCUGGAAUGAGCUCUGGCGCCGCGACAUCCAUCCCUGGGACCAGGCCGUCCCCAACCCCGCCUUGAUCGAAGUCAUCGAAAAGAAGCCCAUCUCGGCCCAGAUCCCCAAGUCCGGCAACGUCCUCGUCCCUGGGUGCGGGCGUGGUGUCGAUGUUUUUUACCUCGGAAAUGAGCACCGCAAGGCCUAUGGGUUGGAUAUCAGUCCCAUUGCUGUCCAGCAGUGCAAGGAUAUCCGCACUGAGAAGGGCAUUUCCGAGUCGGUCGCCGAGUUCUUCGUUGGCGACUUCUUCGAGUUUGAAACCCCCGCCGGCGGCUUCCAGCUCGUUUACGACUACACCUUCUUCUGCGCAAUUCCUCCAACUCUUCGCGCAGACUGGGGUCGUCGUAUGGCUGAAAUCAUCCCCAAGGACGGCAUUCUUAUCACAUUGAUGUUUCCCAUCGGCAAUCACACCGACGGACCUCCCUUCGCCGUCAGUGUCGACCAGUACCACUCUUUCCUCGAUGCCAACUUUGAUUGCCUCAUUGUUGAUGAUUGCUCCUCGUUUGAGGCGCGUCAAGGAAAAGAGAAGAUUGGUGUCUGGCGCCGCAAAUAG